CCCGCGCAGGCCGCGCAGGCGCACGGUGGCAGCCGCCAUGGCGCCGCCGGGCUCCGUGAGUCGGUACCUGCUGCUGAUGGCACAGGAGCACCUGGAGUUCCGCCUGCCGGAAAUCAAGUCUUUACUAUCUCUGUUUGGAGGCCAGUUCAUUAACAGUCAGGAAACUUAUGGAAAGUCUCCAUUUUGGAUUCUGAGCAUUCCCUCUGAAGAUAUUGCAAGAAACUUAAUGAAGCGGACCGUGUGCGCCAAGUCUAUAUUUGAACUAUGGGGUCAUGGAAAAUCUCCUGAGGAGCUGUAUACUUCUCUUAAAAAUUACCCUGUGGAAAAGAUGGUUCCAUUUCUACAUUCAGACUCUACGUAUAAAAUAAAGAUUCACACGUUUAAUAAAACAUUGACUCAAGAAGAAAAAGUCAAACGAAUAGAUGCACUUGAAUUUCUUCCAUUUGAAGGAAAAGUGAACUUAACGACACCACAACAUGUAUUCUCUGUUUUGGAGGACUAUGGUUUGGACCCAAACUGCAUCCCCGAGAAGCCACAUAAUAUUUAUUUUGGUAGAUGGAUUGCAGAUGGGCAAAGAGAGCUAAUUGAGUCAUAUAGUGUCAAAAAGAGACAUUUUAUUGGAGGUACAAGUAUGGAUGCUGGUUUAUCAUUCAUCAUGGCCAACCAUGCCAGAGUGAAAGAAAAUGAUGUUGUCUUUGAUCCAUUUGUUGGAACAGGUGGUCUCCUGAUAGCAUCUGCUCACUUUGGUGCAUAUGUGUGUGGGACAGACAUAGACUACAACACAGUUCACGGCUUAGGAAAGGCUACUAGAAAGAACCAGAAAUGGCGAGGACCAGAUGAAAACAUCAGGGCAAAUCUUCGUCAGUAUGGUUUAGAGAAGUUUUAUCUUGAUGUCUUGGUUUCAGAUGCUUCUAAGCCUUCCUGGAGGAAGGGAACAUAUUUUGAUGCAAUCAUCACAGAUCCUCCAUAUGGUAUCAGAGAAUCUACAAGAAGAUCAGGUUCACAGAAGAAAAUACCAAAGGGAAUAGAAAAAUGUCCAGAAAGCCAUGUUCCUGUCUCCUUGAAUUAUCACCUGGGUGACAUGUUUUUUGACCUAUUAAACUUUGCAGCUGAGACCCUCGUCCUGGGCGGAAGACUGGUCUAUUGGUUACCAGUAUAUACGCCAGAGUACAGUGAAGAAAUGGUGCCCUGGCACCCUUGCCUCACACUUAUCAGCAACUGUGAACAAAAGCUUUCCAGUCACACAGCAAGGCGUUUGAUCACCAUGGAAAAGGUGAAGGAGUUUGAGCCUGUGGUAUUGCCUCAGCUCUUAGAGAAACUUUAACUCUUUCAAAAUGGUGUCCUCGGCUGAAGCGUUGACUUCUACACUGAAGGCCUCUGCAGAGCAGUCAGAAGCUUUGCCACCACUCUGAGGUUUGUUUCACCUUCCGUUUUGGGUGUCACUUCAUGACCCCUUUUACAUUGCGUGUGCCACAUACUUCAAGCUGCAUGAAGCGAAGCAUAGUUACCGCGGGCUUCCUUGUCUCAUCUGUAAAGUUCUCCUAGAUUCCCACUUAGAAUGUGUAAGAGAUUUCCCAAGGAAUUGCAACAGAAACCUCCCUGACCCCUGACUGACAGAUACUUGCUCCAGUGCCAAGAAACAGGCUGGAGUUGGCCUCCUGCAAGGAAGAGGAUGGUUUUUAUUCGUUUUGCUCUUCACACAGAGCUGACAGUGCAGGCCUGCAGAAGAGCAAGCUGAUGAAAACAAAGAUGGUGGCUCGCCAGCUCGUGUUUGUCUUUCUCUCCAAGGAAGAACACAAAUACUGUCUCAGGGAGCUGCCUCUCCACUCCAAGACAAACGAGCUGUUGAAGGGUCAUGAUUUUGAAAGCCUGCUGAUAUACAUAAAGGGUAUUUUACUGAUCAACCUCCAGUGAUUUGUCAUAAAUGAAAAAUAGUUUGUGUUGCCCAUUUUAGAACUUGGCUGUGGGGCCCAUUGUGUUAACUUCAGAGACAUAAGAGUCUUUCCUGAAAGAAAGAAAAAAAUGCCCUGCGAAUUCCAGGCUUUCUUUUCCCUGGGUUUGCCACAGAGCCUAGCAAGAAAAGCCAGCCUGUUUCCUGUCACCAUAUUUGGGAAACCUCAACACCUUUACUGAUGAGGACGAGAGGGGCACAGCAGAAUCCUCUAGUCCUUGUUUGUCCUGCUGUGUCUCUUUUACCUUUUCCUCCUUUUGUUUUCCUUGCUGUUCUCACCAUUACUGCAUUUUGCUACCACAUGCCAACUCCCAAACCUUGGGCCUAAAAGUGAAUGAGGCAGUGUUUUUCUCAGACUGUAAAGGUGCACACAGUCCUUGACUAAACUGUUUCCUCUUUUGAAAAAUAUAGUUUAUCCUGCAUCCCAUUAGUGGCACUUUUAAAAACGAGCAAGAAGCUUGGAGAGAUGGCUCAGCGGUUAUGAGUACUCACUGUUUGCACAGAGGACCUAGGUUCGGUUCCCAGAACCCACAUCAGACAGUUCACAGCUUAUUGUAACUCUAGUUCCAGAUGGUCCCACGCCCUCUGCCCUCUCAAGGAACUCAUAUGCAUGUGGUGCACACAAAGUCACAAAAGCAC